UCAGGGUGAACGGCCAGGAGUUCACCAUGCUGAUCGACACUGGCUCACCGGUGACUAUAAUCAGCGCGGAGACUCACAUCCCCGGUCUGACGCUGCGGCCGAGUGAGCUGCACCUCACGUCAUUCACCGGCCAGCAAAUCCGUCUGCGAGGCGAGGCCGACGUCAACGUGGAGACGGACGGCCGAGCGACACGGCUGCGACUCGUCGUGUCCGACAUGGGCUCUCACCGACCUCUCAUGGGACGAGAGUGGAUCAAGGCGCUGAGGACGGCGUCGGGUCUGGAGACGCUGAACGUGUGCCCGGUGGCGACUCAGCCGACGCUGAAGGAGGUGAUGGACAAACACCGUGAGGUGUUCAAAGAAGAACUGGGCAGAAUCCCGGUGAAGGUGGCGCUCAGACUGAAGGAAGGCGCCAAACCGGUCUAUCGACGCGCCAGACCGGUGCCGUUUGCGCUACAGCAAGAUAUCGAGCGGGAGCUCGACAAGUGGCUGGAUCAAGGGAUCGCCGAGAAGGUGCCUCCUGGACACUUCUCCGGAUGGGGUACGCCGCUCGUACCCAUCCCCAAGAAGGACGGCGUGCGGCUGUGCGCGGACUAUCGGAUCACGGUGAACCCGCAGCUGCAGCCUCUGAAGUAUCCGAUGCGCACGCCGGAGGAGCUAUUCGCCAGCAUACGAGGGAAAAAGUUCUGCAAGCUGGACUGCAGGAACGCCUAUCUCCAGUGUGAGCUGGACGAAGAGAGCCGAGAGAUGACCACCGUGACCACACACCGUGGUGCGAUGCGGAUGAACCGUCUCCCGUACGGGAUCAGCACCUGUGGAGCGCAGUUCCAGGCGAUCAUGGACCAGGUGCUGGAUGGUCUUCCAGGAGUCGUCUGUUACCUGGACGACGUGCUGAUCGGCGCCGACAGUGACCGUGAGCUGAUGGACAGGCUGGACCGGGUGCUGGAGCGGCUGAAGGACAACGGCGUCCGCCUCAAGAAAGAGAAGUGCCAGUUCGGAGUCCGAGAAGUGGUGUAUCUCGGUUGGCGACUGUCUGAGGCGGGUCUGCGCCCGGUGCAAGAGAAGACGGCGGCCGUCACAGCAGCACCUGACCCUCGGAACGUGCAGGAGCUGCGAUCUCUGAUCGGGUCAGUCAGCUAUUAUCAGCGGCUGCUGCCCAACCUGUCUACCGUGCUAGCGCCGCUCUACGCGCUACUGAAGACGGGCGUCAAAUGGGCAUGGACGGCGGAGUGCGCCGCGGCAGUGCGCCGUGUGAAGGACAUGCUGUCCACGGCGCCGGUCCUGAUGCGGUACGACCCCGUGCUGCCGCUGCGGCUCGUCACGGACGCCAGUGCGACAGGAGUCGGAGCGGCUCUGAUGCAAGUGACGCCCGAGGGGCUCGAGAGGCCGGUACAGUACGCCUCCCGAACGCUCACUCCGACGGAGAGGAAGUACGCCCAAGUGGAGAGGGAAGCCGCAGCCGUCUCGUUCGGAGUGCGGCGGUUCCACCAGUUCCUGUUUGGUCGGCCGUUCACCCUGGUGGUCGACAACAGGACGCUCUCCAGGAUCCUAAACCCGGACCGUGAGCUGCCAUCUCUGGCGGCGGCUCGCAUGCAAAGGUAUGCGCUGCAGCUCGCGGCGUAUCAGUACAAGAUCGAGCUGCGCCGGACGGAGGACAUGAGGCUGGCGGACACGAUGUCCCGUCUGUCGGUGCCGGACGAGGCGGAGAACCGGCUGUCGGCAGAAGAGGAGGCGGCGUACGGCGGAGGCGGCGUAAUGUUCAUCGCCGAGCAGGGGCCGUGUCUGACCGCGCAGCAGAUAGCAGUGGCCACGCGCCGAGACCCGGCGCUCGCCCGCGCUCUGGCGGCGGUGCGAUCGGGCUGGCCGGCGGUGGUGGACCCGGACCUGGCUCCCUUCAAGAAUCGCCGAGAGGAGCUGACGACUGAGGCCGACUGUCUGCUCUGGGGCGGCCGAGUCGUCAUCCCGAGCAACCUGCGCGACACCGUCAAGCGGGAGCUGCAUGAGGGUCACUUCGGCUGCACUCGCAUGAAGCAGCUGGCGAGGCGCUUUGUGUGGUGGCCGGGACUCGAUGCUGAGCUGGAGGCGCUGGCUCGCGGGUGUCAGGCGUGCGUCUCAAAGCGAGCUGAGCCGCCGCAGGCGACACGGCACCCGUGGGAGCCGACGGACGGCCCGUGGCAGCGGGUGCAUGCCGAUUUUGCCGGACCUCUGAAGGGCACCUGGUUCCUGGUGAUGGUGGAUAGUUUCUCCAAGUGGGCUGAAAUGAUCCCAAUGAAGACGACCACGUCCGAGCGGACCGUAGCGGUGAUGAGGACGGUUUUUGCUCGUCUCGGACUACCGCUGGUGCUGGUAACGGACAAUGGCCCACAGUUCACGAGCCAGGAAUUCGCCCAGUUCGCCAGCUCUAACGGGAUCCGACAUGUCAGAGUGGCGCCCCAUCACCCAUCGUCUAAUGGGAUGGCGGAGCGAGCGGUCGGCUCGCUAAAAAACUCACUGAAGGCGACUCUGGCAGCAGACGACAGCGGAGGCAUGGAACUGGCGCUCGCCCGAGUUCUGAUGGCGUACAGGGCCACACCGCAUGCCAGCACGGGACGGACCCCAGCGGAGGUGCUGUUGGGCCGCAACAUCCGCACGCGGCUGAAUCUGCUCGUUCCGACCGCCGAGGACGCGCUGCGGGACAGCGCGGAGCGACAGCAGACGGCAGCCGGCGGACGCGCCAGAGCGUUUGCGGUCGGCGCCGACGUCUGGGUUCGCUGCUACUCCGGGCCACAGAAGUGGGUGCGCGGUCGGAUCGUCACACGCACUGGGCCCGUUUCCUACGAAGUCGACGUCGGUAGAGGCGGGUCGUGGUCACGGCACUGUGAUCAGCUGUUGUCGGCCGCCGCUGACAGCACGGCGCCUGCCGAGGACCGCGGCAGAGCGGACGCGGCAGCACUCGCGUCCGAUCGCUACUGGCCGCCCUCCGUCGGUCGAGACGGAGGGGAGGGCAGCGGCGUCAGCAGCAGCGGCGCGAUCAGCCGGAGCAACGGUGCUUCUCAGCCGGAGCGGGCUCGCGUGAUCGGCGCUGGAGCGGAGCGGCCUUCCGGCACAGCAGCCGAGAGGCCGGCGGGAGCCGCAGCGUCGGACUCACCUGAGGCCAGAGCUGCAGCGGGCACGGACGGCGCCGCAGCCGGGAGGUCAGCCGGCGCCGGGGCGGCACACUGGACCGGUGCCGCGCCCGCAGCGGACAGCGCCGGUGGGUCCCGGGACGGAACGGCGGCAGAGGAGCCCAGCCGCGGACCGACCCGAGAUGGGACGACAGCAGAGCGCGCGGCGCUGAACGAGUCGGCCGCGGCGCGGCCUGGAGUGACGGCGGGACCAGCGGGUCGAGCGGAUCGCCACGCUGAGUUAACUGUGCCGCGUCACUCGACGCGCCGAGCGGCUCCUCCGAGGCGCUACAUUGAAGAACUAUAGCGUGUGUUCGAUUCGAUUCGAUUCGAUUCUCGAUUGUUCGAUUCGCGUCUUUGUUCGAUUCGCGUCUUUCUGUCCUGUCCUGUUAGACUGGAGAUCGCCGGAGAUCACGCGUUCAUUGUGUUUAUGUUUCAUAUCUUUGGCGGUUAGAUCGGUGUUUGUGAUCUAGUGACGGGGGGUGAGGUGUGGUGUCGUGAUACCGGCCCUCCCCCCCCCGGAAGCGGAGCUGAGCGCGCCCUUGCGGCGGCCAGCCGCCGCCGAUCAGCCAGCUGGCCUUGAAAGUCAGUCGCCGGCCGCCGGCCGCGGAAGCAGGUGUGCGCGUACGACCACGCGUUGAUAGAAUACAGACUGCCCGUUGAGUCCCUAGUGUCGCACCGGGUUCGCGAGCGGACGAC